AUGCCCUUACGCAUUACAUCUGCCCCCGUGUCUGGCAUCAAAAAGAGAAAAUCAGCCACAAGUACAACGCGCACCCGCGCUUCGCCCUUUGCCAGCCAUGCGCGAGCCAAGCCGUCAGCGCGCGGGAAUGCACAGGCAAAGCUGCUGCAGCCGGGUGCCGGCGAGGUGAUGGCUGUUGAUGAGGAUAGUGGCGAUGCGGAGCCACUGCCCGACCGGGGUGGCUCGCAGUAUCUAACCGAGUCGAUGAAGCUUGACGGCGUCUUGCAGGCCAUGCACCACGCAAAGGAGUCGAUGUUUGAAGAAUUACCGGCACGCGCGGGUAUGAACAGCACUCGUAUUGCGGAGGUGCUGAAUCUGCGGCGCUCCCUGCCGCCCUUAGUCUCCGUUGCGCAUGUCCAUACAGUGUUGCAAGCUCCGACCCAGGUGGAACGAGAGAUCGUUUCGCUUGUUCAGACCGGGCAGCUGCGGCGGUUGAUUGUUCCCGGGAGAGGGAACGAUGCUGCUGGAUUGGGCGAUUGCCUAGUUUUGGCAAGUGACUUGCAGAAUUUGGUCCAGACUAGCAAUGAGCUAGAGCAAAGCUUGAAAGAUCGUUUUUUGCACAUCCUCGACAGCAUGGCUAACACGUCAGCCAUACCUUCACUAGUCUUUUCUCGUGAGGAAUCAGUGGCUUUAGUCCGAGCUGGGUUUCUCGUCACAGCAUCGUCGCUAUCCCAAGACGCUGUCAAUCUCACAUCUUUACGUGCCUAUCUACCAGCCAAUGCCAAUGACUAUGAUAGAUACGGCUCACCGCAAUCACGAGCACCAGCAUUUUUCCUUUCUCUACCCAACACCGGGCCGUACCUACGUCUAUUGAGCGCCGCCCGUUCCCACCUACUAACGCUUCUGAAGCAGUCCAAAUACCACGAAGCGCCAUUAUAUCUCUUGCGUGACCGCUGGGAUGGCGCUGUAGAGACAAAUCGAAGUUUCAGCGUCGCCAAGCGGGCCAGAGGUGAAUUUAGCGGCGUACUGCCGGGACGCACAAAGAAGUGGAAGGGGUUCAAUGGGAUGAGCUUCCGCUGGAUUCUGGAGGAAGCCCUUGGAGCUGGUCUAGUCGAGCUUUUUGAUACGGGUAGUGUUGGUCCGGGGGUGCGCUGUUUGUGA